AUAACAACAACAAUACAUAUUAUACGAACACUGCGCGCGUUGACGACGACGAGUGAAGUAUAACGUAUUAUAGUCAUGUGGUAAAGUCUUGUCGUUGUGUUCGACCAAUGUCAUCAACACCGGCCGGCGAUCAUCGUGUAAAAAGUGCACACACAUAAUACUAUUGUACUAGUGCCUGAAUAUAAUGUUUACAUGGACCACCCAAUGGACUUUCGACAAUAACAGGCCCUGUACUGCCUGAUUGUUCAGUGUGUCAUACAAACAGUGAUUUCGUCCACGACUUCCUAAACAUUUUUUUUUACUUGAAAUUUUCUCAACAUGCCAACUGAAACGCCAAGCUCGAGAUAUUCGCCGGUGGAUACGCGCGUCGAGGAACGUGUCGCUACCACUGCAGUUCCCAAGGUCAAAGAUGCUGCUGCAGACAAUGAGGAUGGAUAUAUAACCAAGAUGAAACAUUUUCUGACCACAGCAACAUUGGCCAAUAGCUCAAAGACCAAACCGUCCAAGAAUUGUAACUAUUCCUGUACAUUAUUAUUUAUACUUGGAUUUGUAUUAAGUUUAUUCCUCACCAUAUUCAUAUGGUUCACAGAUUUAUAUACAAACGAAUUAUACAAGAGACUGACAAUUCAAAACGGUAGUUUGUUGUAUGAUUCGUGGAAAGAACCACCAGUGAGACCGUUAAUGUGUGUAUAUGUAUUUAAUUAUACUAAUGUUAACGAAUAUAUGAAUGGUAUGCAUGAGAAGCUCAAAGUCCAAGAAGUUGGACCUUAUUGUUAUAGGGAAACUUUAUACAGGGUAAACAUAACUGAUCAUAAAAAUGGUUCUCAGACAUUCAAUGAGAUGAAAGUUCAAGAAUAUGCUUAUGAUGUAUCCAAUGGAACAGAUAAUGAUAUGAUUACAGUACCAGACAUUCCAUAUAUAAGUGCUAUAGCUUUGACUAUAGAUGAGAAUUUUAUCAUAAGGAAUGCCAUGACAUCAUUUUUAAAUCAUGUGUCCAAUUUCCCGUUUGUCACUGUUAGUGUCUAUGAUUUUUGUUUCGGUUACCAAGACGGUGUGAUAAGGACAUUAGCCGCAAUGGCUAAGUUGGCCAAUAAACCAAUUCCAUUUGAAAAAUUUGGUUUACUUAUUAAGAGAAUUGGAGUUAAUCCAGAUCGUUUGACUGUAAUUAAUGGCCUCGAUAAUCUGAAUCAAAUGGGUCAAGUGAUACAACUGAAUGGAAAAUCAAUGUUACACCCGUGGAGUACAGAUGAGUGUAAUUCAGUUGGUGGAAGUGAUGGCAUGUUCUUUCCGAGACUUAAAGUUCAACAGGGAGAAACUAUACAGCUAUUUCAUAAGGAUUCUUGUAGGAAGUUGCCAAUGACUUUCCGUUCUAAAGAAAAAAUAAAAAAUGGUGUGAUUGGGCAUAGAUAUUCUCUGGCCAUAGAUUCGUUCAAUAACUCUGUUCCUGAAAACAGUUGUUAUUGCACUAGUAAACCUUGUAUGCCUGAUGGUAUAUUCGAUAUGGGCAAAUGUUCUACUCGUUCACCGGUGGUUGUAUCACGUGCUCAUUUCCUACACUCAGAUCCUUCACUAUUGGACGCAGUCGAAGGUCUCAAUCCUGAUCCAAAAAAACACGAAUUUCUGUGGCUUAUAGAUCCGAUCCUCGGAAUAACGAUGGAAACACAAAUGAGAAUACAGCUCAACAUCCAAGUGCGUAACCCACACGGUUACGGUUCACUGUCGAAGAUACCAGAUAAUACCAUACUGCCAUUCACCUGGUUGGAAAUCAAAACUGGUGAUGUGUCGCCAAAGCUGAGCAUGUUAUUGUUCCAUUUGACAUUUACUGUUCACUGGCUUCAGACGUUCCUGAUGUGUUUGAGUUUAGUUGGAUUGUUAGGCACGUCUUUUUGUCUUAUGCGCAUGUUAAACAGACGUUUAAGCAACAAUAUUGUGAUAAUUUCUAAUGAAAUACAACUAAAAGAUAGGCAUACUGAAAAAAUUCCUAUUUGUUAA